AUGUUGAACAAGAUGACCUUACAUCCACAGCAGAUAAUGAUAGGUCCUAGGUUUAACAGGGCCCUAUUUGACCCCCUGCUUGUGGUGCUGCUGGCUCUUCAACUUCUUGUGGUGGCUGGUCUGGUGCGGGCUCAAACGUGCCCUUCUGUGUGCUCCUGCAGCAACCAGUUCAGCAAGGUGAUUUGUGUUCGGAAAAACCUGCGCGAGGUUCCGGAUGGCAUCUCCACCAAUACACGGCUGCUGAACCUCCAUGAGAACCAAAUCCAGAUCAUCAAAGUGAACAGCUUCAAGCACUUGAGGCACCUGGAAAUCCUACAGCUGAGUAGGAACCAUAUUAGAACCAUUGAAAUUGGGGCCUUCAAUGGUCUGGCGAACCUCAACACUCUGGAACUCUUUGACAAUCGUCUUACUACCAUCCCGAAUGGAGCUUUUGUAUAUUUGUCUAAACUGAAGGAGCUUUGGUUGCGAAACAACCCCAUUGAAAGCAUCCCUUCUUAUGCUUUUAACAGAAUCCCUUCUUUGCGUCGACUAGACUUAGGGGAAUUGAAAAGGCUUUCAUACAUCUCAGAAGGUGCCUUUGAAGGUCUGUCCAACUUGAGGUAUUUGAACCUUGCCAUGUGCAACCUCCGAGAAAUCCCUAACCUCACACCGCUCAUAAAAUUAGAUGAGCUAGAUCUUUCUGGGAAUCAUCUGUCUGCCAUCAGGCCUGGCUCUUUCCAGGGGUUGAUGCAUCUUCAAAAACUGUGGAUGAUACAGUCCCAGAUUCAGGUGAUUGAACGGAAUGCCUUUGAUAACCUUCAGUCGCUAGUGGAGAUCAAUCUGGCACACAACAAUCUAACAUUACUGCCUCAUGACCUCUUCACACCCUUGCAUCAUCUAGAGCGGAUACACUUACAUCACAACCCUUGGAACUGUAACUGUGACAUACUGUGGCUCAGCUGGUGGAUAAAAGACAUGGCUCCUUCCAAUACAGCUUGUUGUGCCCGAUGUAACACUCCUCCCAAUCUGAAAGGGAGAUACAUUGGGGAGCUCGACCAGAAUUACUUUACAUGCUAUGCCCCAGUGAUUGUGGAGCCACCCGCAGACCUCAAUGUCACUGAAGGCAUGGCAGCUGAGCUGAAAUGUCGGGCCUCCACCUCCCUGACAUCCGUAUCUUGGAUUACUCCAAAUGGAACAGUCAUGACACAUGGGGCAUACAAAGUGCGGAUAGCCGUGCUCAGCGAUGGUACAUUAAAUUUCACCAAUGUAACCGUGCAAGAUACAGGCAUGUACACUUGUAUGGUGAGUAAUUCUGUUGGAAAUACUACUGCUUCAGCCACCCUGAAUGUUACUGCAGCAACCACUACUCCCUUCUCUUACUUCUCAACCGUCACAGUAGAGACUAUGGAACCUUCUCAGGAUGAGGCACGGACCACAGAUAACAAUGUGGGCCCCACUCCAGUGAUUGACUGGGAAACCACCAAUGUGACCACCUCUCUCACGCCACAGAGCACAAGGUCAACAGAAAAGACAUUCACCAUCCCAGUGACUGAUAUAAAUAGUGGGAUCCCAGGAAUUGAUGAGGUCAUGAAGACGACCAAAAUCAUCAUUGGGUGUUUUGUGGCCAUCACACUGAUGGCUGCCGUGAUGCUGGUCAUUUUCUACAAGAUGAGGAAGCAGCACCACCGGCAAAACCAUCACGCUCCAACAAGGACUGUUGAGAUCAUUAACGUGGAUGAUGAGAUUACAGGGGACACACCCAUGGAAAGCCACCUGCCCAUGCCUGCUAUCGAGCAUGAGCAUCUAAAUCACUAUAACUCUUACAAAUCUCCCUUCAACCACACAACAACAGUUAACACGAUAAAUUCAAUACACAGUUCAGUGCAUGAACCGUUAUUGAUCCGAAUGAACUCUAAAGACAAUGUACAAGAGACUCAGAUCUAA